GCUGUAAGAAUAGGAGCGCCGGCGUUGGUUGGAUUUCUCGGUUAUUUUCCUUGCUCUUUAUUUCUAGCCUUGGUUCUCCGGCCACAUCUCCUCCUAGAGCGCUUUCUCCGCCUCCUUGGAAUAGGCGGCGCCUCGGCUCAAGCUCCCUCCUUGCUUUAGCUCCCAGUUCCUUUCUGACGAUUGCUUCAUUAAAGGAAUGCUCUUUUUCUCUCUCUCUCUCUCUCUCACCAUCACCUCUGACUGUGAGAUUUAAAUGCGGUUUACAAAGGGACUGACAUCAUCUGGAGGAUCGCCUCGGAACUAAAAGCGGAAAAAAAUAAAGAAGGAAUCUGCGCUUUAAAACCUUUGCAUUUUAUUUUAUUUUUCUAGUUUUAACUGUUCGGUUGCUGUGCACAGAGGGCUUGGUUGGAUCGCCGAAGCCGGAGCCACCGGCUAUUUCUCAACGUUUUUUACUGCUCUUGUUUGUUGGCAGUCGGUGAGACUUGGAUGCGGGAACAAGUGAAAAGAAUAAAAACCAAGCAGGUUGAACUGUGAACUAACAACUUCGCCUCUCUUUGCAGCGGUUUUGUUAACCUCGAGUAAGUGGGUUUGCUUCACUUCUGAACGGCUCCGUGAAAAUAAUUACAACGGUUUGGAGCUGGUUCUCUUUAAAUUAGUGUUUUUUUUUUUUAAUUGGCAUCUAAUUUUAAGGCAUGGGAAUUGUAGGGAGGAGAAUGCAUCUUACGGAAAUGUGUGGAUUUACUGUUUUUCCUGGUCUUGCUCUUGAAGAAUCAUAGUGGGUCAUUUUAAAAAAGAAAAGAAAAAAGAAAGGAAGGAAAGCAAGUCGAAGAAACUCCCUAAAAUGUGGCAAUAAAUUUUAGACCUAAAGUGUUGUUGGUUUUUAAAUAAACGUUUUUGAAAGAGCAAUUUGUUUAUUUGCUCCCCCCCCCCACCCUUGGAGCAACAGAGUUACAUAUAGGCAUGGCAAAAAAUUCUGUGGAAGGGUCAAAAGAAGACCUGAGCAAAAUGACGGAAGAAGACAUGUUGAGGUGGAGCAAGGAAGAACUGGUGAAAAGGCUGAAGAAAGUAGAGAAUGAAAAGAUGAACUUGAUGGUGGAGCACGGCAACUUGAUGAAGGAUGUGAACCGGAGGUUGCAGGUUCACUUGCAUGAGAUCAGGGGGCUGAAAGAGGUCAAUCAGAAGCUGCAGGACGAUAACCACGAACUGAGGGAACUGUGCUGCUUCUUGGACGAUGACAGGCAGAAGGGGAAGAAACUGUCGAGGGAAUGGCAGAGGUUUGGGAGACACACUGCUGGUGUGAUGUGGAAGGAAGUGGGGAUGUACCAGCAGAAGCUGAAAGAGCUGGAGGCCAAGCAGGAGUCCCUCAUGAGAGAGAACAUGGAGCUGAAGGAGAUUGUCCUGAUGUUGGAUGAAGAGAGGAACGGAGCCGGCUCCCGGAGCUCCAUAGAUAGCCAGGCCAGCCUCACUAACCUGAAUGGGGGUUCUGGAACCAGGGAUGUUGGGGAUGGGAGUAGUACCUCCAGCACUGGCAGUGCAGGGAGUCCGGACCAUCACCACCAUCACCUGCACCAUCACAAACCUGUUGAGAGCAAGGCUGGAGCUAUCCGGAGGUCUAUGGAUGACCUCUCUGCACCGCUUCACCACAGGAGCAUUCCCAAUGGUCUCAAUGAUUCAUCUUCCAACUACAUCAGACAGCUUGAAACAAAAGUCAAACUGCUAGAGGACGAUAAUAAACUUCUCUCUCAGCUGGCUGGUCACAACAGCUCACCAAGAACUUUCAUUAAGCAGUCAAGCUCUGGGGAUCUCAGGACUCUGAGGAAAGGAUUAUCCCCGUACCACUCUGAGUCACAGCUGUCGUCAUUGCCACAGUAUCAAGAUGCCAUGCAAAAUGGCCCUGUCCGCAUGACUCCUGAUCUUGCUGCUUCUCCUGCAGUGGGAUAUGUUCCAAUAAGCCAGAAGCCUGAAGCGGUGGUACAUGCAAUGAAGGUCCUUGAAGUCCAUGAGAAUUUGGACAGGCAAAUACAAGAAAACUAUGAAGAAGACCUGAGUGAAAAGGAGAAAGCAAUUGUUCGUGAAAUGUGCAAUGUCGUCUGGCGAAAACUGGGUGAUGCUGCAAGCUCCAAACCUUCGAUCAGGCAACAUCUUUCGGGAAACCAGUUCAAGGGCCCUUUAUAAGAAGCUCACGCUGCAAGACUGGGAGUGAAAAGAAUAAGAGGAACAGAGACUUCUCUGCUUCUAGCUGCCAGGGUUAUCAAUCCCCCCCUUUCCUGUAACUGUUUAUAGUGUAAUAAGGCAGCUAAAGGCCUAGUCUGUAGGCUGGGCUGCUUCAGAACAAUGUUACAUGGGUUAAAAAUAACUAUCCUCUAAUGGCCAAUUUGUGUCAUUUGUAUUGUAGUGAAAACCUGCUUUGUUGGACGGUCAUAUGUAGAAAUACCUGAACCCAAGUGAAUUUCUAGGAGGACAAAGAAACAAGGAACCCUGACCCAUGGAGCAGUUAAACGUCUUUGCUUCGGCCUGUUCAUGGAGUUGCAAUACAGCAGCUCCUUGCAGCGUGGUUUUGGAAACUACCAAGGAAGCCACAAAACCUAAAUGAGUGGCGGUUGUUGUUGUUGUUUUGAGAUGGUCAGAGACAAUUUGGCUAGUAUUAAAGACACUUUCUGAGGGCCAGUCCCAAGUUGUAGUCCCACCAGACUGAAGACACCCCCUCUAGUCAUGGCUGGCGGACCGCCUUCGGCUUGGUAGGCCACAAAGUUUUUCUCUACUCUUCAGGUACGGCUCAUAUCCACGAAUCCUGGGGAUGUGAUAGCCACUCAAAUGACUAGCUUAUAGCAGCUUUCAUGUUAUGGUGAGCCCCUUAUGUGAAGGAGACCCCCCUCCCCCUCACACACCCUGUGUGCAUCAUCAGACUCUUUUCCUGAUCCUAGGCAACUGCAGUAAUAAUGGACCCUUAAUGGAAAUUUGGCACGUGAUGGAUGGUGGACCGGUGUGACUCAUUGCAAAGGAGGACCAAGUCUGGGGCCGGAAUCAAGGAUCAUCCUUGUUGGGCGUCUGCUGAGGCCCACGCCUAGCCAGGGUCCCGCAGCCAGUUCCUGGAGUUUCUGGGGGCCCUGCUCUUUCUUCUUGCUGUUGUUACCUGUUCACCUGCCCUCUCAGAGUGAGCAGUGACAAGAGGAAGUGCUCCGCUCUGCAUGGCUUGUCCGUUCUCUCUUUCUGGGAGGUGAUGCAGCUCGUGCCCAGAGGAAGUAGGCAAGCGAAUGGCCAGUGGCAACAGCAGUGAGGAGAAGGAGGAGCUGAGACCCACCCAGUGGAACUUGCCCAAGGGCUGCUCAGAACCUGGAACUGGCAUUUGCCAGGAUUACUUGUUUCUAAUAGGUCUGUAUUUCAGAAGGUUGAGCUGAACCUGCCAGUAUUCCCCACUACCCAUGCCACUGCUAAAGCAUUGGUGGGGAACAUGUGGUCCUCCAGCUACUGUUGGGGCUACAGCUCCCAUCGGUCCUAACCAAUGGUGAAGGAUCAUGGGAAUUGCAGUCUAGCAACAUCUGUCGGGCCAAAUGUUCC